AUGGCUACCGAGGCACGCGCCAACGAGCUGAAGUCAGAGGGUGCCUUUGAGGCUGCCCGGGACGCAGAUUCGAGUGUCACGGCGCAGCAAGCAGAAAAGACAGCUGUGGAUGAAGCUCGCAAAGGCGGCAGCGCAGCUUUCCAGUUCGACCCCGACGCCAGCCCAGAGGAAAAACGCGCCCCAGACGAUUCAGGCGCUCCCCUCCCAUACGAUCUUCCUACCCCCACCAAGGCCAGCGCCAUCGACCCACCAACUGCGAAUGGCGAGAAAGAGAAUGGCCAUGCGCCCAGAGCUCGACGAGGACGAUGGGCCCCCGCGCUUCGGCAUGGCCUGGGCUCCGAGGACAAGGACCAGGACGACGGCACAAUGCUCGACCACCAGACAUGGCUCGAGGGCCGCAUAGAAGACAAGUUCUAUGGCGACUGGUACCACAACACGGGUGUCAUCAUCUUCGCCUGUCUAAGCACCUGGGUCAUAGGUGUCCUGGGCGGCGGUCUGGGAUGGGUUAUGAUCAUCAUGGCCGUGUGUGGCACAUACUACCGAACCUCGAUUCGUCGCGUGCGCCGCAAUGCUCGCGACGACCUCAACCGUGAGAUGGCCAAAAAUAAGCUGGAAACAGACACAGAGAGCCUGGAGUGGAUCAACAGCUUCCUAGUCAAGUUUUGGCCAAUCUAUGCUCCCGUGCUGUGCGACACCAUUGUGGGCUCCGUGGACCAGGUGCUGUCGACUUCGACUCCAGCCUUCCUCGACAGCUUGAAGAUGAAAACAUUUGUGCUUGGAACGAAACCACCGCGACUUGAGCAUGUGAAGACGUACCCGAAGACACAGGACGACAUUGUGCUCAUGGACUGGAAGUUCAGCUUCACGCCAAACGACACGGCUGAUCUCACCUCCAGGCAGAUCAAGAACAAGAUUAAUCCCAAGGUGGUGCUGGAGAUCCGCAUCGGCAAGGGUUUGGUCAGCAAGGGCUUGGAUGUCAUUGUCGAGGACAUGGCUUUCUCCGGCAUGAUGCGCCUCAAGUUCAAGCUCCAGUUGCCAUUCCCGCACAUCGAAAAGGUCGAGAUGUGCUUCCUGGAGCGCCCAACCAUCGACUACGUAUGCAAACCUUUGGGCGGUGAGACCUUUGGAUUCGACAUCAACUUUAUUCCCGGUCUUGAGUCGUUCAUUCAGGAGCAGAUCCACGCCAAUCUCGGCCCCAUGAUGUACGACCCCAACGUCUUCCCCAUCGAAAUUGCGAAGAUGCUUGCAGGCAACCCGGUUGAUCAGGCCAUUGGUGUGCUUCAAGUCCACUUCCAUGGCGCGCAGGGUCUCAAGAACCCCGACAAAUUUUCUGGCACUCCCGAUCCGUAUGCGACUGUGUCGAUUAACAACCGCAAUGUUCUGGCCAAGACGAAGACGGUGCAUGAGAAUGCUAAUCCUCGCUGGAACGAGACUGUCAAUAUUAUCGUCACUUCCUUGAAAGACUCCUUGACAAUCAACCUGUUUGACUACAACGAUAUCCGAAAGGAUAAGGAGCUUGGUACUGCGACAUUUGCGCUGGAGCAGCUUGAGGAGGACACUGACCAUGAGAACAUGCACAUUGAGAUCAUGUCUGGCGGGCGACCACGCGGCAUUUUGCAAGCUGAUGUGCGCUUCUUCCCCGUUCUUGAGGGCACAACCCUGGAUGACGGCACCAAGGAGCCUCCACCAGAGUCACGUACCGGCAUCAUCAAAUUUACCGUUGAGCAAGCCAAAGACAUGGACGGCAGCAAGAGCAUAGUCGACGCGACCAAAGAGAUGCUCAUCACCGAUCGCAAGAAGGCGAAACUUGGUUUAGUAAUCAAGGACGACCGUGACCUUGCUGCGGAUCCUAUACUGGGAACAUACCAGAUUGCUGUCGACGAUAUGCUAGAGCUCAUGGCAAAGGGUCACGAGUGGUACAAUCUUGCCGGAGCGCAUACUGGUCGAGUGAAGAUGAAGCUCGACUGGAAGCCGGUCGCUUUGAAGGGUUCUUUGGCGUCCGGUGGUUACCUCACUCCUAUUGGAGUGAUGAGACUUCACUUCCAGAGUGCUCGCGACUUGCGCAACCUGGAGAAGCUGGGCAAGUCUGAUCCAUAUGUUCGCGUUCUGCUCUCUGGCGUCGAGAAGGGUCGGACGGUCACUUUCAAGAACAAUCUCAACCCUGACUGGGACGAGGUUGUGUACGUGCCAGUUCACACUGUUCGCGAGAAGUUGACCUUGGAAGUCAUGGAUGAGGAGAACCUGGGUAAGGAUCGCUCCCUUGGCCACAUCGAGCUUCUGGCUGGUGAUUUCGUUAAGCAAGACGAAAGCGGCGAGUAUGUUGCAUACGAGCAGAAGCAGCCGAUCGCCGGACCUCUUCGAAUGGCUGGACACGCUGCGGAGAAAGGCAAGCUGAAUUACACCUGCUCAUUCUACCCUACAUACCCAACCUGGGAUCCUGAAGAGGACGAAGAGGAGAAGGAAAAGGCCACCACACCAGAGGGCGCCUCCCGUCCUUUGUCAGUCACUUCCAACGGAAGCAGUGCAGCAAAGGGCCAUUCUCGAACUAUCUCGACUGCAUCAGGAGCGGCCGUCACUCGAUCGGAGACGGCAGGAACCAUUUCCUCCAUGAAGACUGCAAGCUCGCAUAAAACUAGUGAAGGCGAUCUGGCCAAGGCGCUUGAGCGUAACGAAGAACACCAAGAUGAGACAACACCGGAAAAGAAGGCGGUUGAGAAGCUAAAGCUCACUGUUGACGACAUUCAGCAGUAUGAAUCUGGUCUACUCGUUUUCAAGCUUAUUGACGGCGAGUUCUCGACUACUGGCGCGUAUGUCGAUGUCCUUAUGGAUGACAUGGCAUAUGCUAGCUACUCGACUGCGAAAAUCAAGAACAGGAACAUGACAUUCAACGAAGUGGGCGAUGUUAUGAUCCGCGAACUUGACUUCUCGAAAAUCACUCUUCGGCUUAUUGAGCACAUCAACAAAGACGGCGAUGGCGAUGAGGAUCAUGUUAUUGCUAAGCUUACAGGCAACACUGUUGAUACGCUCCGAAGGUGCUUGUACACCCCGACUCAAUUGAUUCUGAAGGACAAGCAUGGUCAUGACAACAAGAUCACCGUCAGCCUCAAGUAUAUUCCCGUCAAAAUGCGGCUGGAUCCCAGCGAGUCCUUCAACAACCAGGGCACGCUCCGUGUUGACAUUCUCGAUGCUGCAGACCUCCCAGCAGCUGACCGCAACGGCUUCUCGGACCCGUAUUGCAAGUUCAUGCUUAACGAUAAGGAGGUGUACAAGACCAAAACGCAGAAGAAGACCCUUCACCCAGCUUGGAACGAGUACUUUGAAGUUCCAGUGCGCAGCCGAACCGCGGCUGACUUCGUCGUGAACGUAUACGACUGGGACUUUGGAGACAAGGCCGACUUCUUGGGUAAAUCAACCAUCAACCUGGAGAUAUUGGAACCUUUUACGCCUCAAGAGGUUACAUUGGGGCUAGACGGAAAGUCGGGUGUCAUUCGUCUCCGCAUGCUUUUCAAGCCCAACUAUGUCGUGCGUUCAAGGCAAGGCUCAAGCACAUUCUCAGGGACAUUCGCCCUACCAGGAAAAGUUGUCGGUGCACCUGUCAAGGGAGUCGGCAAAGGUGCCGCUCUUGUUGGUGGUGGUGUCGUCCGCGCAGGCACAUUCCUCGGCCGUGGCUUUAAGCGCAGGAAGUCGCGUGGCGCUACCGAAGAAGAUGGCUCUGACCGGCCUGACUCGUCAUCUGGUCGGCCGUCCGCAGAUACGCCCAUCAUAUCGAUCGAAGGCGACGGCUCUGCCCCCCAGCCUUCACCAAACCACCACCGCCAUAAAAGCUGGGGCGCACAAAGUUUCGCUAGCCGCUUCAACGACAGUGGCGCUCCUGGUGGCGGCGAGGCUGGCACUGCUAAUAUCUCGAUCGUCAGCGCUGAUGGCUUUCCAGCAAACACCAACAUUCGCGUCCACGUUAAGCUUGGCAAUAAGGAGCUACACAAGACGGAUCAUCACAAGACGACUACUGGUAAUGUCUCGUUUGACGCUUCAGAGGAAACCUUCAAGGCCUCAUGCACAGCCGAUGCGUUCUUCAAGAUCUCCGUCGUCGACCAUAAGAAAUUCGGGCGCGACGAGGAACUUGGCGAAGGCACUUUCACUAUCGACGACCAGGGCGCUGGUGGCGAGAAAAAUGUGGGUGUCGGUAAAGGCAUGGUGGUCAUCAAGAGCUCUUUUGUGCACGCGGAUGCAGCGAGCAUGGUUGGGAGAAACUGCUGA